CCGAAAUCAGGCCCUACAUUAGCAACCGAGAUUCACAAUCGAGUUCUUUCUUCGGCCCACAUCUGAGAUCUGCUUUGAAAUCUUAAGCUGACCCGAGAUCAGUGUAUUUCAACAAGCAGGCCCGAGAUCUCUUGAUUGCUAACAAAAGUUCUUGAAUUUGCAGGGAACCCGAGAUCCACAAGGACAACCGAGAUCAAUUCGAGAUCAUCAGCCGAAAUCAGAACCGAAAUCUUUAUUAAGCAGCACCGAAUUCUAAUUUUUUCAGAACAGUUCUCGCUCAAAUAUCACCAGCAGUCAAUAUUUACAAUGGAAGCUUACACUAUGGGAAGUGAUUCAAGAUCUCUAAUUCUAAGGAGAGGUGAAUUUACUAUCUAGACAACCAGAUUUCUUAAUUUCAUCUGAAGCAGAGAUAAGGGCAAAAUUAUUCCCAAAUCUCUUAAUGAAGGACCAAUUGAAUAUUGGGUUGAAGUCGCUACUGAUGACACUAAAAAUCCUCCCACAUCUCCUAGUAGAACGCUCAAGAAUGAAGACGAGUAUACUAAACGUGAAAAGCUCAGAGCUAAAGCUGAUCUCCUUGCUGCUACUUAUCUGCUUCAAUCUAUUUCCAAUGAGCUCUUUAUGCAAAUUGACAGCCUCACGACGGCUAAAGACAUGUGGGAUGAGAUUCACCAAAUUAUGCAAGGAACUGAUGUUUGUAUAAAGACCAAACGAGCUUACACACUUACUGCAUAUUACUCGUUUUCUGCUAGAGCUGAUGGAGAAUUUGAGGAUACUUAAUUACUAAUGGUAUCUAAUGAGGAAGAUUAAUAUCCAUAAGACUAAUAUGGAAGUCAAUUUGCGCUUUCUUUGGUCUCUCAAACCAGAAUGGAAGAAAACAGCUAAAAGAAUUAGACAAAAUAAAGAUUUGGAUGAGCUAACCAUCCACAACGUCUAUGGCUGCCUUGGAGAAUUUUCUGAGGGUGUGCAUGAAAAGGUGAAAACUUCUAAAGAAAAGAAUAUUGUUGAUUCUAUUGCUCUUCUAUCUACUAAAAGGAAGAAACUAGACAAGGCACCCAAAAUCACUAUUGAAGCUGAGUCAUCCGAUAAGAAAAGAACCAGUCUGAUUCUAAUCCUGAGAUCAACGAGCUGAACAAAGAGCUACCUUUGCUAACUAAUCUUGCAAAGAAGAUGAAUAAGAAGUUCACUGGGUUUAGAGGCCGACCUUCAUCCAAUAAGCAAAGAAUUUCUUCAUUCAAUUAUACUGACAAAGCUAGCGGACCUUCUGAUAAAGCUGUCAGUGGAGGUCAUCUAAAGUGUUUCAAAUGUGGAAAGCCUAGUCAUUUUGCCAAUGAGUGAAGAUAUGCAAAGAAGAAAGACUUCAACUACUACAUGCAGAAAGCACAACUUGCUAAACAAAAAGAACAAGGAGUAGUUCUGAUGGCUGAACAUGACCACUGGCUGGAAGAUUCCGAUGAUAGCGAUCCUGAGAACAUGGCGCUGAUGGCUUGCGUGACAAGUACUGAUAGUGAUGGUGAUUGCUCUGAGAAAGAUAUCAGUUCUCCAUCUACUGAGAAUGAGGUAAGUAAUCUGAAUUCUUUAAUUACCAAGCAAUGCACUAAAAUUAAUGAGCAAAUUUCUUCUUUAAAACAAGAGAGAAAUAAAAUAAAGGAACUUGAAGACAAACUUGUUAAUAAUCAAAGUUGUCUGGAAAGCCAUAUGGAACACGAAGUACGUCUUGGUUUUCGCCUGAAAAUUUCACAAGAUAAAGUCGCUAGCUUAGAAUCUGAAGUAGAUAAACUGAAGAAAAUUGCUUGUGACUUAACUAAGGAUCUAAAUUAAAAUAGGCGAAAACGUUCUGAAACUGUUACUCAUUUUGAACUUAAUAAUAAGGAACAUGGUCGUCUUUAUUCAAAACUAAAGGAAUUAGAAGAUAUUCUUGCUAAGAGAGGUCAGUCAGAACAAACUGUUUUUCUAUUAAAUAACAGAGCAAAGGACAUUGAAUUUUAUAAGCCUAAAGAAGGACUAGGCUUUCAAAACCUAGGUAAACCAAAGAAAAGUAAUUGCAAAUACUUUUAAGACAUUAGGUUCAAGAAAUUAGGGUUAGCAAAUUUAAUGUUUUUCACUAGUGCUUCUGAAAUUAAUGAGGAAGAAGAUGACAUGAGGGAAAAUAGAGCUAAAGCUGAAAUUAGUUUUGACUAUACUGCUCUAAAUGACAGCUAUGCUACUAGACAAAUUCCUCUGUCUAUUCCUCUGUCUGAUGACUAUAUAUUGCCCUCUCCCCUCCUGAAAAUCAAAAUGUGUCCAAUGAGAAUGAAGCCUCGACUUCAAAGGCUUCUGAACCAUAUUUUCAUGCUACAAUAAAGAAAAUGGCUGAUCUUCAUUCUUCUUUUGAAGAAGAGCGAGAACAGUUCAAAACGGAAAAAUGAAAAUCUUUUAAAGAAAAUUUUAGAAUUAACUAGCAAAUCCUAUCAAGGCUCGAAGACUCCUGAAAAUGUCCUUUCUAAAAAGAAUAAAAGAAAAAUCAUUUUAAAAAGAAAAUGGAUUUAUCUUCUUCCCCACCUCCCCAUACAGGAAAAUCUUUUUCUAAUCACCAUGCAGGAAUGAUGACUUGGAUUCUGAAGAAUGCUGCUGUCAAGGAGACAAGACUUGAGCAACCCAAGAAUAUUUCUAAAAUCUUUAAUUUUGUUGAAAAGUCUUGUAAUAGUUUUAGAAAUUGUUUUCGUUUCUAGUUCUUCUACUAGUUUCUCUAGUUAUAUUUCAGACAGUUCACCUAAGUUUCCUUCUUCUCAUUCUAGAUCUGUUGACUCUUAUUCUAGUGAUGAUUUUAAGUGUGAUAAUUUAAUUUCUCCUUUUUUAAAAUGUGACCUGAGUGAUGUGAAUGC